GAGAUCUCGGAGAAUCCUGUGUUUGCUGACGAAGGUACAACCUACAAUGAUGUGGAUCAGGGAGACCUGGGAAACUGCUGGUUUCUCUCAUCUGUGUGUUGCCUGGCAGUGUCCCCCCACAAGGACCUUCUGUCUCGGGUCAUCCCAUCAGGUCAAGGCUUUGGUCCUGAAUACACAGGGAAGUUUUCAUUCAGAUUCUGGCAGUAUGGCGUAUGGCAGGAAGUGGUUGUUGAUGAUAGACUUCCAACUUAUGACGGCAAGCUGAUCUAUGGCAAAAAUCGGGAGAAGGAACAUGAAUACUGGGUUCCACUUGUAGAGAAAGCUUAUGCAAAAUUGUAUGGAAACUACAAUGUUUUGGAUGGUGGCAGAAUCCACACAGCAUUAGUGGAUCUGACUGGUGGAUUGGGUGAGAUGGUGGCCCUGAAAGAACAGAUUUCUGACAAUGAUCUGACUGAUCUCCUGUUGCGGUGUUCAAAGAUGAACAGCUUUAUGGGAGGAUCUAUCUUUGUGAAACAUACUGGAGAUAGAGAAGUUAUACAAGUAUCUGGUCUGAUAGAAGGGCAUGCUUACACAAUUGUCAAAGUCAAAGAGGUGAACACAACGAAAGGAAAGUUUCUUCUUUUACACAUCAGAAACCCCCAUGGCAGAGGCGAGUGGCAAGGACCCUGGAGUGACAAAUCACGGGAAUGGAACACCCUCAGUGCUGCUGAUAAAAAAGAAACACACAGCACAGACAAUAAUGGAGAAUUCUGGAUGAGUGUAUCAGACUUCAGAAAACAUUUUGACGAACUAGAGUUAUGCCACAUGAAACCUGAAGGACUUUUACAGGGAAAUAUGGGUGGCAUUACUGAAUCUCAGUGGAAGGUAAUUGAACACAGAGGCAAAUGGGACCGUACGUCAUCAGGAGGCCCUCCAAUCAGUUUUAUGUCGAAGCAGUUUUGGUCAAACCCACAGAUUGAACUUCACAUUGCCCCGUCGUCUCAGACAACUUUGGUAGUUUUCUGCCUGUAUGAAGUCACUGAUUUGCUAAAGAGAGCAGAACCUGACAUCAGCAUUGGAUUUUCUGUGUUUCAGAUGCCUAAUGGAAAGAAAGUUGAGCGAUUAACAGAUGACAAUUUUUAUGAAAUCUCACCCCGCAUGGUUCAGUCAUCUGGUGUUUCUUGGCCAUACAGAGAAAGAACACUAAGGUUUGCACUGGAAUCAGGCGACUACAUCAUUGUUCCGUACACCAGCAGGGCAGGACAGGAGGCUGACUUUUAUUUGCGAAUCUUUGCUGAAAACAGAGGCUCCAGCCCUGUCACAACAACAGAAAUUAGGGAAACUCCUUCAAAACCGGAUCCAAAAACAACUAGUGUUACAGCUACUUUGAACAAAGCUUUUGAUGGCCUAGCUGGCAACGUUGGUAUGAUUGAUGCAGCUGAUUUAGUUGAGAUUUUGAAUGCUGCCAUUGAGACAGCUGAAGGAAAAUCAGUCACUUUCAUUUUUGAGACAUGUCGCUGUCUUAUUUCAUUGGCCACAACACAGUCGUCUGCGGGACUCAUUGAUCGGGAUGGAUUACACAGUGUCUGGAAACAGCUUGCUACCUGGCGGGAAGCAUUUCGAGUCAUUGACAAAGAUGCAAAUAGAUUGAUUGAUGCCAAAGAGCUGAAGAAUUUGUUUGAUAUAAUUGAACUAUCCACUUCACCUGUGAUGGUUGAGGCCUUGAUGAAACGUUACGGUGGCAAGAAUGGGAAAAUGUCUGAAGAUGAUUUCCUUCAGGGUGUCUGUAAAGCUUUACUGCUUCGAGGGAAAUAUUUGGAGCUGAAAAGAAAUGGUAGAAUUGUGGACAUUGAAAUAAGUGAGGCAAGCACAUUGAUAGAUUGCCUAUGUGACAAUAUGCCUGUAUGUUAG